CUAUUACUACGACGACCACUACUUACUGCUACCUCCUCCGUCCAGAUCGAAUCUCAGGAGAGUUUCAUCCUCACCUUCUCUUCUUUGCUUGAUUCCUUGCUGCAAGGCAAUUCGUUUUCUUCUGCAUCCUCUCCCCUUUCCUUUCCUUACUUAGCCCACCAUGUCGUCGGCUCUCAACGCGAUGAAGAUUCGCCGCAAGAAGAAUGUCAAGAAGGGAAUUCAGUUCUGUUUGAUGGUCUGCGGUGCCAGCGGAACUGGUCGCACAACCUUCGUGAACACUCUCUGUGGAAAGCAGGUGCUGGAGGGCAAGGAGUCCGAUGAUGCAGAGCAUGCCCACAUCGAGGAGGGCGUCCGCAUCAAGCCCGUCACUGUCGAGCUCGAGCUGGAUGAGGAGGGCACUCGCAUCUCCCUGACCAUCGUUGAUACCCCCGGAUUCGGUGACCAGAUUGACAACGAGGCGAGCUUUGGCGAGAUUGUCGGCUACCUCGAGCGCCAAUACGAUGACAUUCUUGCAGAGGAGUCGCGCAUUAAGCGUAACCCCCGUUUCAGGGACAACCGUGUGCACGUGUUGCUCUACUUCAUCACACCUACCGGUCACGCGCCUUUCCCCCGUGUCAACGUUAUUCCCGUCAUCGGCAAGGCCGACUCCCUCACCCCCGCAGAAUUGGCCGAGUCCAAGAAGUUGAUCAUGGAGGACAUUGAACACUACCGCAUCCCCGUUUACAACUUCCCCUACGAUAUCGAGGAGGACGACGAGGACACCGUUGAGGAAAACGCCGAGCUUCGUGGACUGAUGCCUUUCGCCAUUGUUGGCUCCGAGGACUUUGUUGAGAUUGAUAACCGAAAAGUGCGCGCCCGACAGUACCCGUGGGGUGUGGUCGAGGUUGAGAACCCCCGGCACUCCGACUUCCUGGCCAUCCGUAGCGCCCUGCUCCACAGCCACUUGGCUGAUCUGAAGGAGAUCACUCACGACUUCCUCUAUGAGAACUACCGUACCGAGAAGCUCAGCAAGAGCGUGGACGGUAUUACUUCGGGCAUCGACUCUUCUAUGAACCCCGAGGACCUUGCCUCCCAGUCCGUCCGCCUCAAGGAGGAGCAGCUCCGCCGCGAGGAGGAGAAGCUGCGCGAGAUCGAGCUCAAGGUGUCGCGCGAGAUUGCCGAGAAGCGACAGGAGCUGUUGGCCCGCGAGAGCCAGCUCCGAGAGAUCGAGGCUCGCAUGGCCCGCGAGGCCAGCCAGAGCCAGGUCAGCGAGGCCACCAACGGGGAGGCUUAGUUUUGCUCUGUCGUCGAUGCGGCUCAUUCAGCGGGGCGCCGGUUCGCAAUGUGAUACCGUUUGUGCCAACUUAUGGACUUCGUGGCACGACGUUGGUUUUUGUUUAUGGGGAUAAUAUUGACUGUUUAUUCACGUUAAUAGCUUUUUUUUUCUUCUGUUCUUGCUAUUUCUUACCCGGUGUCUCUGCGGAGAUGGACAAGAUUCCCAACAUAGAAUGCAACCUUUUGGUGGUUCGACGACGGGCACCAGAUUCUCCUUUUCUUUGCUCCGGUUGGAGGAAACAAGAGCGCAUGCCAAUUGAUUGGGAUGGAACAGAUUGCUUUCAAUUGCUGUCAUCCAUCUCAACUCUUCACCUGCAGCACCCGAUGAUGCUCUUAUUCCUUCCCUCAAUCUGUGGGACAGACAUAAGAACGGUCCUUUUCCCUUAUCUCCUUUUCCCUGUGUUUUAAUCGUCCACUUUGUUCGGGGGUUUCUAUUUUCCUGCAUAUCCUGUUUCUUAUUCCCCUACCCCCGGUCCACUCCCUCCAUAUCUUGAUCCUCUUCCCCGGGUUUUUCCUCUCUUGUUUCCCCCCUCCCUGGCACCUUGUCCAAAGUCCCGCAGCGCAGCAAGAUUCCCUCUUCUCUUUUGUGUUUUGUGUUUUGGUCAUGUCUUGUGUCUAUCCUUUUUUUUCGCUGUCUUCCUAGCCCGAUAGUAAAUGAGGAAGAAAAAGUAUCUUGGCC